GGCUAUUUGAAAAUAAAAAAAGAUAAAAUGAAAAUAAAAAUGGCAGCGCUGGUUUGGGUUUGGCGGUUUUGAUCGCUCAACAUUUUGCGCUCACUCCCAAUCUCUCUCUCUCUCUCAGCUCCCCCCGUAGAUAUCUCGUGAUAUUUGACGAUAUGGGUCUUCCUUUACUCGAUCUGGGGGGAGAUCUCCUACUCACAUUAUGCCUCUCCUUCUCUCUUAUCUUCUUCCCGCAGCGCCCACCCAGUCCUCAAAUGUAGAGUGACCUCCCUUUUUGGCUAGCUCCAUUUUUGGAUGCCGGAUGUGGGUUUGUCUUUGUUUGUAAUGGUUCAUUUAUUCUUUCCCCCAAAAUUCUCUCUCGCUCUGUAAUUUUUUUCUUGCUAUGGGUUGAUCAAGGGGCCGCCGUCUCCAGCUCUGUUUCCGUUUUGAUCGUCUCCAUAUUUCUGCAUUCCUUUCGAUUUCGGCUUGCUGUUUUAGUCUUUUAGCUCUCUGCAAAUCAGAGUUCCGUUGAGUUCACCGGAGGGAGAAGAAAAUCUCAAGCUGGAUAGUUGUUCUCUGUCAUUUGUUGAAGUUCUCAGGCUGACGUGAUGACGAAUGGUGGCGAGGAAAAGAGAAAGUCGAAGACUCGUGGAGAGUCUUCGGGGAAUGAAGAAGGGAGUAGUGUGGGGAAAUGUGAUGCAGCCAUUGGUCUAAAGAAGGGGCCAUGGACUUCUGCAGAAGAUGCAAUCCUGAUGGAGUAUGUUACAACUCAUGGAGAAGGAAACUGGAAUGCAGUCCAGAAGCACUCUGGACUGUCUAGGUGUGGGAAAAGCUGCAGGCUGCGUUGGGCAAAUCAUCUGAGGCCCGAUUUGAAGAAAGGAGCGUUCUCUCCUGAGGAAGAGCGGCUUAUUAUUGAGCUGCAUGCAAAGAUGGGCAACAAGUGGGCUCGAAUGGCUGCCGAGUUGCCUGGACGGACAGAUAACGAGAUAAAAAAUUACUGGAACACAAGAAUCAAAAGACUGCAACGUGCUGGACUCCCAAUCUAUCCUCCUGAGAUAUGCUUGAAAGUUCUUGAAGGAAAUCAUCAAGCUCAAUGCAUGGAUACAAAUGGGACAAAUGGUGGUGAUCCAGUGCAGAAGGAUCACAGAGAGAUCCCAGAACUGGUCUUCAAAAAUUUCAAGAUCAAUCGGGGAGUUCUCUCUUAUCUGCCAAACCUUCUCGAUGUUCCAGGAAGCAACAUUAUGAAACAAGAUGGUUUUGGUUCAAGCAAUAACUAUGCCUUCAUGCUCCCAACACUACCAGCACCAAAGCGACUCAGAACAGCAACAGAAGACUGCAUUUUCCCUGCUGUAGUAGAUACUGGUGGUGUCAGCAGUGGCCUCCCACCAAAUUUCAGUCAGCUUACUACAGACUAUGCUGCUAGUGAGAGGAUCCCAGACCCAUUUGGUUUAUCCUCUCCAUAUGAUCCUUCUGAUGUCAAUAUUACUACUUAUGAGGGGCAGCCCCCAUUUGCUGCUCUUCCAGGCAGUCAUGCCUUCUUAAAUGACGACUCUUCUUCUUCUGAGCCCAUAUCCGGGGCGAUGAAGUUGGAGCUCCCUUCACUCCAAUAUACAGAUACUCAUCAGCUGGACAGCUGGGGGGCGAUGACCCCAACGGCUUCCCCUUUGCCUUCAGUUGAGUCUGUUGAUACUAAUACUUUUAUUCAAUCUCCUCCACCGACGACAGAGCAACCUGAGUCGCCGGGUUGCCUUUCGCCAAGAAGCAGCGGUCUCCUGGAAGCAGUACUCUACGAAUCACUGACCCUCACAAACAUGAACUGCUUAGGGAACAAUCAGGCUUCCGUGGCUGCUUAUAUGGAACCCCACUUGCCUUUCGAUUCCAGGAAGAGAGAUUGGGGAAUUCAAGCUGACCCUAACUCGCCAUUGGGUCAUUCUGCUGCAUCAGUGUUCAGUGUGUGCACGCCCAUGAGUGGAAGCUCGUCUGACGAACCAGGGUGUGAAAUGAAGCAGGAGAUGGGGAGCCAAGUAUCAUCCCCGUAUGGGGAAGAGAAGCAAGCUGCUGCAGCAGCUGCUGCUGCUGCAGACUGCAUGCAGAUAGAUUUCAACAGGCCAGAUGUGCUACUUGGCUCGGGCAGCUACUUCGGAUUAAGCUAUGGUGGUUGCGUCGAAAAGGGUGAACCACCUGCUACUGCUCAAACUGAUGCGGCAGGGGGCGGUUGAAGCCUGAAGGUAGUAACAAGCAACAUGAGCCAAGCAAGAGAACAGUAGCAAACCAGGGUGCAAACGGCGUGUGGAUGGAUUAAGAAUAAGAUCGUUUGUCUACCCGUGUUUGUUGGAUACAAUUUCGAGCUUUUAGUUGUUUAGUCAACUAGGAGUGUGUUUUGGUUUGGUUUCCAUCUGUGAAUACCGAAUUGUUAUUGUUCUAUGAGCCAUAUGCAUGUUAUCUGGAAAACUUUCCAAUGGGGAUGGAUAGUCUUUUGCAGGAUAGUGAGGUAGAUGUUCCUGUCUCCAGUGGGAUGGAUGCUUUUGGCUGAUGUCCCAUUUUAUCGUCAUGUUUGGAAGAACAACUGUCCCUUUUGCUUUUUUUUUUUUUUUUUUUUGGAUCUUUCAACUGGACUGGAACAAAACAAGGGUAUCCUCUCCAAAAGGUCCCUGUCUGUUUACCCUUUAUUUUAUCUACCUUAGCUAUCAGGGCAACCUUUCCACAAAGAACAGGACUUGCAAAAAUAUUAUACCUCAAAAGUUUGUACUAAAUAG